GACCGACUGCAGAGGCCGCGCCGCUCUCCCCGCCCGAGGUCUGCGCGCUCCGCCGCAGGGUGCAGACCCCCGGCGCCCGCCCGGGUUCGGGGUGCCAGAGCAGAGGCGGAGCCGGGGCGGAGCCAGCGCGCCCAGUCCCCCCGAAUCGAAAGCGAAAGAGGGGGCCCGGGAGGAAGGGCGGAGCCGGCCGGUGCCCCGCCCCCUGCCCUGCGCGGCCGCUGGACCGACGGGCGCGCCCAGUGAGGGGGGCGCGGAGCGCGCAGUGCGGACCCUCGCGGGGACCUGCGCCACCGCCACCAUGUCUCAGGAAGGUGUGGAGCUGGAGAAGAGCGUCCGGCGCCUCCGGGAGAAGUUUCAUGGGAAGGUAUCCUCCAAGAAGGCGGGGACUCUAAUGAGGAAAUUUGGCAGCGACCACACCGGAGUGGGGCGCUCCAUAGUGUACGGGGUAAAGCAGAAAGAUGGACAGGAACUCAGUAAUGACCUGGAUGCUCAGGACCCGCCAGAAGACAUGAAGCAGGACCGAGACAUCCAGGCAGUGGCCACCUCCCUCCUGCCGCUGACUGAAGCCAACCUACGCAUGUUCCAGCGGGCUCAGGAGGACCUCAUCCCCGCAGUGGAUCGGCAGUUUGCCUGCUCUUCCUGUGACCAUGUCUGGUGGCGCCGCGUGCCCCAGCGGAAGGAGGUGUCCCGGUGCAGAAAGUGCCGGAAGCGCUAUGAGCCGGUGCCAUGUGACAAGAUGUGGGGAGUGGCUGAGUUCCACUGCCCGAAGUGUCGGCAUAACUUCCGGGGCUGGGCACAGAUGGGGUCUCCAUCCCCCUGCUACGGGUGCGGCUUCCCCGUGUAUCCGACGCGGAUCCUCCCUCCGCGCUGGGACCGGGACACCGACCGCCGCAGCACUCACACCCACUCCUGCUCCGCAGAGGACUGCUACAACCGGAGAGAGCCCCACGUGCCUGGGACAUCCUGUGCACACCCGAAGAGCCGGAAGCAGAACCACCUGCCUAAAGUCCUACACCCCAGUAACCCCCAUAUCAGCAGUGGCUCCACUGUGGCCACCUGCCUGAGCCAGGGGGGCCUCCUGGAAGACCUGGACAACCUCAUCCUGGAGGACCUGAAGGAGGAGGAGGAAGAGGAGGAGGAGGAGGAGGAGGGCGGGCACAGGGAGUGACCCCUGCCAGGUGCAGAUGCAAACCAGACACGGUCUGUGGAUAUUUUGUGUUGUUAUAAAAUAUGAGCUCAAACCGA